GUAAUUGAUUCUGAGCUUCCUCCAGAGGAGAAACCAAGAGGUGCUAGAAAGAUGAAGAUUCUACUCUUACUUGUUGGAGUCGUUCUGGUUUGUGGCGGCCGCCUACCUCUACCGGACGGCCGCCUACCUCUUCCGGACAGCCGCCUACCUCUACCGGACGGCCGCCUACCUCUACCGGACGGCCGCCUACCUCUUCCGGACGGCCGCCUACCUCUACCAGACGGCCGCCUACCUCUACCGGACGGCCGCCUACCUCUACCGGACGGUCGCCUACCUUUACCGGAAGGCCACCUACCUUUACCGGACAGCCACCCACCUUUACAAGACAACCUUACACAGCUUUCAGGAGAAUGGAACACGCUUUUGGUCGCAGCCACCAACGUUGACAAGAUAAGCAACGGCCCAUUCCACGGUUAUAUGCGCAAAGUUGAUGUGGACAUAACAAAUGGCACAGUCGUCUUCAAUUUUUCUGUCAUGAUGAACGGACUGUGCACAGAAAAGUCUGCCGUGGGAACCAUUGGGCGUGACAAGUUUCUCAAUAUUGGUUGUAAGUACAAUCAAAAUAUUUUAAAUGUUUUUUCUGCCACCUCAAAUACUAUCACAAUCAACGUGAACACCAGAAGAAACACCACAAAAACGUUUGUAUUGCUUGGCAGAGGACUUCAUCCUGAUGACAACGACUUUGCAAAGUUCAGGGAGUUGAUGAGACAAAACAAUAUUCCCGAAGAAAAUCUUAUAGAUAUGAGCAAAACUGAGAAGUGUCCUAAAAAUGAGAACGGACCAACCCAUCCUGAACACUCUGCAUCACUGAGAGCCAGGAACACGGUCUUCCCCAUGGAAUCAGGAUCAACAGCAUGAAGAGUAUGUUCCUCCUUUCUGCCUCACAUCAUUUUCUCUAUUCACAAACAUGUUUGCCUUUCCCAUCUCAUCUCUGUCCAUCACCAUUCAGGUCCUGUUUGGUGUCACAGGAUUUCUGAAUGAUUAAAUAAAUUGAUUACACGUGUA